UUUAGUUUGAAUUUAACACUUGAUUAAACAACAUUUAACGUAUAGACAAUAACAUUUGCCAACAAAAAAACAAACUAAAUAAAUCCGAAAAGUAAAUAAAAUGUUUAGCUUGCAUCUCCUACGACUAUUAAUAUUAAGCGGGGCAACUCUAUCAAUACCAGGCUUUAAACAUGAAUGCACAAAAAUUCCAAAAUCCAUUGCCUCUCGAACCUGCUGCAAUUAUCCUCAAAUAUUUCCGUACGGUACGGUUAAGAUUUGCGUUAAGCGUGCACCAGCGAAAGCGAACCUAGUAAGUUGUGUCUUCGAAAGAUCCACUAACAAGAAAUCAAAUCACGAUCGCAUUAAUUUAUUAAAUAUUUAGUGUUACUACGAUUGUGUUUUCAAUGCGAUCAAUAUUUGCCAUAAAAGUAAAUGCAAUUAUUUAAAAGCCUACGAUUAUAUUAAUUGGAUUUUUCCUGCGAAUCAUCCGUUUAUUGAGAUUUAUAGAAAAGCUUUUCGCAAAUGUGUAUCGAAAGCUAACGAUCUGCACUCGAAUAGAUUGGCACGACUUAAGAGUCGCGGUUGCAAUCCAUUGCCUGAAAUUGUCUACUUGUGUGUAGAGAAUGAAAUGCUUACGCAGUGCCCUAUGGAUUACUGGAACACAUGGAAUCCCCAGUGCCAGCAUAAGCGAGAUUUCAUUAAUAACUGCUUAGGGAAAGAUAUCGAGUGAAUUGUUAUAG